AGAAACAAGCCAAAACUCCCCCCCCCCCGAUCCUGCCGUCUGUUAUUAUUAUUAUUAUAGCGGUUCUUUUAUUAUCAGUGGUAUUAAUAUUAGUAGUAUUUUUCCGAGAGCGGUUCCAGAUUUCUUUUUUCCCAGACCCAAAUGCCAGGUCCCACUCAAGCACUGUCCCCGAACGGAGAGAAUAAUAACGACAUCAUUGAGGACAAUGGAACCAACAUCAUCCCUUACAGAAAGAACACAGUGCGAGGAGAACGGGCGUACAGCUGGGGCAUGGCGGUCAACGUGUAUUCUACCUCAAUCACCCAGGAGACUAUGAGCAGGCAUGACAUCACGGCCUGGGUCAACGACCUGCUCAGCCUAAACUACACGAAAGUGGAGCAGCUGUCUUCAGGUGCUGCUUACUGUCAGUUUAUGGAUAUGCUAUUCCCUGGCUGCAUCAGUCUUAAGAAGGUCAAGUUCCAGGCCAAGCUGGAGCACGAGUACAUUCACAACUUCAAACUUCUUCAAGCCUCCUUCAAGCGGAUGAACGUGGACAAGAUAAUUCCAGUAGAGAAGCUAGUCAAGGGUCGAUUUCAGGAUAACCUGGAUUUCAUCCAGUGGUUCAAAAAGUUCUUCGACGCCAACUAUGAUGGUAAGGAGUACGAUCCUGUCCAGGCACGUCAGGGGCAGGACGCCAUUCCUCCUCCAGACCCCGGGGAGCAGAUCUUCAACCUGCCUAAGAAGUCACCCCAUGCAGCCAGCUCUCCCACAGCAGGGGCAGCUAGGUCAGCGACUGCAACCCCCAAAUCGUCCACGUCAACCUCGCGACCCUCUUCUGCCAAAAAGGGCCCUGUAACGACAGCAGCCAUCCCGGCCAAGGGCGAGAAGGAGCUGGAGGCUCAAGUAGCGCAGCUUAACGAACAGAUGAACACGUUAAAGCUGGCCCUUGAGGGUGCGGAGAAGGAGCGGGACUACUACUUCGGGAAGCUGCGGGAAGUGGAGCUGCUGUGCCAGGAUCAGGGCCAGGAUAACGGACCCUUUGUGGAAAGAAUUAUGGAAAUACUCUACUCCACAGAUGAACAGGAGACUGAAGGAGAAGGAGAACAUGAGGCUCUGGCACAGGAAGCGGAAGCGGAAGUCCCCGACGACACACAGGAUGAAUAUUGAACAUCACCGACACACACACACACACACACACACACACACACACACACACACACACACACACACACACCUUUGCCGUUUGUGAGUUUUGACUUUUAUUUUCUGUUAAGAUGGCACAAGAGAAAAUGUCCAGAAGUCCAGACAUUUUGUGAAAUGCAUAAUUAAAUCUCGUUCCUGUACAUGCCUCAGUAUAAAAAAAAAGAGAGAAAAACAACAACAAAAAACAACCCUUCAUAUUUCUACCACAAAGUUGUUUUCCUGCUCUCCACAGCACUAUUGGUUUGAUUUUAAUAGGAAUAUUAUGAAGGUUAAACGUUUUUAUUUGAUUUUAUUUGAUUUUUUAAAUAUACCACAUGUGCUUACUGUUGUUUAUGAUCAGUCUUUUGGCAAACAUUACUGGCUUUUUUGACUUUUUAAAAGUAGCAGCAUAAAAUAAAUUAAACAACGAAUAUAAAGUGGAAAAAUCCCUUGAUUGUAAGGAGCUAAUUGUUCGUUUUAUGCUAGCAAUGCCUGAUCACACCACCCAAAUGCUAAGCUAAAUCUGAUUCAUGAAAAAAAAUAAAACAAUUAAAAAACACCUCAACGACCUCCUUACAAAACCCUAUGUUAGUAUUAGGUAUUCUGUUAGUGAGUAAUCAGCAGCCAGUUGCACCAGUUGAAGGCCACUUAGUUUAGCAGAAAUAUUCACUACGUUUAAAGUUUACACACUAAAAAAAAAAGAUUACGGUUUCUCCUAUUAGCAUAAUGUUUAACACAGUUCUAAGUUUGAACCUAAAACUCAGAUUGUUUUAGUUUUCAGUGAUUCACUCGAGGAAAUGUUUUUUCCCCUCGACGAUCGUAACGUCGCAUAGGAACGUAACCCUACGUUCACACUAGCAAAGCGACAGGAGAUUGUUUCGAAUGUACGUAGUGACAUCACAACUUUUUUCGAAUCAGACUUUCUCAAUUUGAGUAUUUUAAUUUAGAUGUCACAAAAAUGGCAACAAUUUUUGAUUGUUAAUUAAUUGAUAGUUGUUGUUUUUGUUUUUUAGACCAAUCCAAUCACCUGAGCGGUCCUAUGUUUAGUUAGUUCUCCUAUAAUUUUCACUUUGAAACACAUCGGUCAUUGUGAUUUCAUUAUUAAAUUUUCAUUUUCAGGGAACGUCGUCGCCUCUAAGGUGAGCGUCGGUAGCCAAUAGGGUUUUGCUAUCAGUGCUAAUCAAUUUUUAAAGUUAACCACAGAACGUAAAUACAGUGAACAUAUUUACAGGUAAAACUGUUGGGCUGAACAAUUAUCAUUAGAAUUUAAUACACAAAACAAAAAUUGGCAGCUAGUCAAUGCUUACAUGCGACAAACUACAAGCUAAACUAGAGACUUAUCGCCAUCUAGUGUUGGUGCAACCGGCUGUAGGAGUACGAUUCGCAAUAUUUAUAAUCCUCCUCCCUCAAUGUAUUGAUGGUUUGUAUUUUGACCUCUAUACUUUUGCGUCUAGAUAUCUGAAUCGAUGCGAAUGCUUUUAUACACCAUGAGCAGCUUUGUGUCUCAGUUCGUUCUUGUUAUUUGAUAGACUCCAGUGUAUUUGUUUUACAGUAUCUUUGUGACAUUUUAUUUUGUCAUUUUUAUUUAGAAGCCUGCCACGUUCUGAGGAAAAAGAAGGAAAACCUCGAAAUUAAUAAAAGAAACGUGUAUAUCGAAGAUAUUUUAAUAUAAUUUUAAAUAAGUCCAGGUUUUAGCAGGAGGACGUAACGGUAAAUCUCGGUCAGAAACGCAGUGUUCCAGUGCAUCGUAUACUGUUUCAUGAUGAUGUUGCAUUUAUUUCCACUACCAAACUCCACAACUCAUUUAUUAUUGUGUACAAUGAAGAGGAAUGUAAUGUACUGUAAUAACUAUAAAUAGAAAAUGCUCUUUUUUUUGUUUGUUUAUUCUCUCUCUCUCUCUCUCUCUCUCUCUCUCUCUCUCUCUCUCUCUCUCUCUCUCUCUCUCUUUCCCUCAUUAUGCAUUCCCCAAACAAACUGUGCUGCAUGUUUUCAUUUUUAUUUGUGAAUAACUUGACCUGCUUUUUACAUAUUUAAUAUAAAACAAAAAAAUGUUACAUGUUUUUUUUUUCUUGUUUGUUUGUUUUUGUAUGUUUAACCUGCUUUUUUAAAUCUCCAGAGAGAUUUAAAUUUGCCGUAAUAAAAAAAUCUGUCACUUUCAAAAGGAAA